CAGCACUGAUCCGUCCCGCCUUGAAGUGGCGCGUGCGCACUCGGUCUCCUCUGACCUUCAGCAGUCGAGAUGUUCGCUCGGAGCAGCGCUUUGGUUUGUUCUCCACAAUGUGGGCAGGUCAGGAGCAUGGCCACCUUGAAGGACAUCACAAUUCGAUUGAAGUCCAUCAAGAACAUCCAGAAAAUCACAAAGUCCAUGAAAAUGGUGGCCGCCGCCAAGUAUGCUCGUGCUGAGAGGCAGCUGAAACCAGCCAGGGUCUACGGCACUGGAGCUCUAGCCAUGUAUGAGAAGGCUGACAUUAAGACAUCGGAGGAGAACGUUUCCAAACACCUCAUCAUCGGUGUAUCUUCUGAUCGUGGCCUCUGUGGUGCCAUUCACUCCAGUGUGGCCAAGGCCAUUAAGACUGAGAUUGCCAACCUGACCGGAUCUGGCAAAGAGGUCAAGCUGAUCAAUGUGGGUGACAAGCUGAGAGGCCUGCUGUACAGGACUCACGGAAAACACAUCAUGCUGAACUGUAAGGAAGUCGGCCGCAAGCCGCCCACCUUUGGAGAUGCUUCCAUCAUCGCCACCGACCUGCUGAACUCCGGCUACGAGUUUGACCAGGGCUCCGUUAUCUACAACAAAUUCAGGUCUGUUAUCUCCUACAAGACUGACCAGAAGCCGGUCUUUUCCAAUGACACAGUUACAAAUUCAGAGAACUUCAGUAUCUAUGAUGACAUUGACGCUGACGUGCUGAGGAACUACCAGGAGUUUGCCCUGGUCAACAUCAUCUACCUGGCCCUGAGAGAGUCCACCGCCAGCGAGCAGAGUGCCAGGAUGACCGCCAUGGACAGCGCCAGCAAGAAUGCUUCUGAGAUGAUUGACCGGCUGACCCUGACCUUUAACCGAACCAGACAGGCCGUCAUCACCAAGGAGCUCAUUGAGAUCAUCUCUGGAGCCGCUGCUCUAUAAACGGGCAACGUGGUUAUUUCGUUGCCUACAGCUCUUCAGCCAGAUGUGCUGUUUGUAAACGUUUGUGCUUCUAUUUGUAAAAUACAUGAAGAAAAUAAACCU